ACUUAAAGGGCCGGUUUGCUCAGCAGCGGUGGGAUGGCCCCUCGCUGACCCACCAGGGCCCGCUCUGGCCCGCGGUAGACGCACCCGGUCUGACCCUGCGCCAUCAUGUAAACGGCACCCGCAGGCAGACGGUGACUUCUCUGCCGGGGACCCCUCCGCCCUGCCCAGGGCCCGGGGACCCUCGAUGAGGACACAUCAUGCUGACUGGGGUGACUGACGGUAUCUUCUGCUGCCUACUGGGCGCGCCACCCAAUGCAGUGGGGCCGCUGGAGAGUGUGGAGUCCAGCGAUGGCUACACUUUCGUGGAGGUCAAGCCUGGGCGUGUACUGCGGGUGAAGCACGCUGGACCUGCUCCGGCCCCUACCCCACCUCCAUCGCUGCCUGACACUGCCCAGGGGGACCGGUCUGGCUUGGUCCACUGCCAACGCCGAAUCACCGUGUACCGCAACGGGAGGUUACUAGUGGAGAAUCUGGGCCGGUCACCACGAGCUGACCUCCUACACGGGCAGAAUGGCUCCGGGGAGCCGCCAGCCUCUCUAGAGGUAGAGCUGGCAGACGCAGCGGGCAAUGAUGGCCACUCGGGCACGGGCAACAGCGGGAGUGGCAGCGCAGGGCGACGGCGGCGAGCCCGGCGCCCCAAGAGGACCAUCCACAUUGACUGUGAGAAGCGCAUCACCAGCUGCAAGGGUGCCCAGGCAGAUGUGGUGCUCUUUUUCAUCCAUGGCGUUGGUGGCUCCCUGGCCAUCUGGAAGGAGCAGCUGGACUUCUUUGUUCGCCUGGGCUACGAGGUGGUGGCACCCGAUCUGGCCGGCCAUGGGGCCAGCUCAGCACCUCAGGUGGCUGCAGCCUAUACCUUCUAUGCGUUGGCAGAGGACAUGCGCGCCAUCUUCAAGCGCUAUGCCAAGAAGCGAAAUGUGCUCAUUGGGCAUUCCUACGGGUGUGGAGACGGAGGCUCAGAGAGGUUAAGCAAUCUGCCCAAGGGCACACAUGUUUCCUUCUGCACGUUCCUGGCGCACGAGUACCCAGACCUGGUGCACAAAGUGAUCAUGAUCAAUGGCGGGGGCCCCACAGCGCUGGAGCCCAGCUUCUGCUCCAUCUUCAACAUGCCUACGUGUGUCCUGCACUGCCUGUCACCCUGCCUGGCUUGGAGCUUCCUCAAAGCCGGCUUCGCCCGCCAAGGGGCCAAAGAGAAGCAGCUACUGAAGGAGGGCAAUGCAUUCAAUGUGUCAUCCUUCGUGCUGAGGGCCAUGAUGAGUGGCCAGUACUGGCCCGAGGGCGAUGAGGUCUACCACGCCGAGCUCACCGUGCCUGUCCUGCUCGUCCAUGGCAUGCACGACAAAUUUGUGCCAGUGGAAGAAGACCAGCGCAUGGCUGAGAUCCUGCUCCUGGCCUUCCUGAAGCUCAUUGAUGAAGGCAGCCACAUGGUGAUGCUGGAGUGUCCAGAGACGGUCAACACGUUACUCCACGAAUUCCUGCUCUGGGAGCCUGAACCCUCACCCAAAGCCCUGCCAGCACCCCCGCCCGUGCCCCCAGAGGAGAAGAAGUAGCCGCUGGGCGGGCCAGGCAUCACCAAGGAGCGAGGAGCAGGAUGGAAGCCGGCUCCAGGUCUGCAGCCAGGACCACCUGGGCAAGUUGUUUGGCUCUGGUGGUGAGCGAGGUCAGGCGGGGAAGACAACCCCAGGCCGGCUGGGCAGGGCCUGGUGUUUGAGGGAACCAGGUGGACACCGCUCUCUGCUUGCGUCCUGUGGGGCCCAUCCCGUGGCAGCUGGAACGCCCGUGGAGGAUGACCUUGUACAGAAGCCCCCUCCCCCAUCAAGGCCAUGGCUGAGGCUGGCCGCCCACCCUGCUAUCUUCCGUGUCUGCAGUGCUUGAUCCAGGGACCCUCGGGGCCCCGCCCCAUUGCCCAAGACCUUUCCCCUCUCCCCAUUCCCCAGUGCUGGGAGCUGUUGUCACCCAAGGGGGAAGAGAUUUGGGGGCCUGAUGCCACCGAACCUGCACAUCUCAACUUGUAACUCAAUAAAAAGAAGUGACAAUCCGA